AAUAUAUGGUUGAGUCCGAAGUGGGGGAAGUGGGUGUAGUGUUAAAGGUACUAGGUUGAACUAUAAAGAGUAGUUUUCAGUAAUUAUGUUCGUUAUAUAUAGGUUUAUUCUUUGCCUUUUAGGUAAAUAGUAGAACGAUUCUGCUUUCUGAUAUUGCAUUCCUAUUCAUUGUUACUGAAGUACGUUUUAUUAGAAAAAAUGGAAAUCAAGGUUAAAAAUGAGGUUACAGCAGAUAAUGAAGCUUCACCUUUACCUAAAUCUAAGAUGCCCGACUGUUGGAAUGAUGAUAUGAGAAUGGAUUACCUAUUUUCACAUUUUCGACCCCAUACCGUAAACCCCUUAGACUGGGAAUCAAAAAUGAAAUUUUGGACAGCCAUUUUGGAGGUAUGGUGUGUGGAUAAUAACAAACCAAUAUUCACAUUAUCUAGUCUGAAAAAAGCCUUCCAGCGAAAGGGCAGAACUCCAGUAUGUCUGCCGACUGUGAUUGAAACCAUGCAUAGGAACAGGUUGCUAGUUUUUCAUGGAGAAUUCGUUAGUGUUCCUCCACAGCAGACAUGGCAUGCAUGGACUAUUGACCUGCUCAUCAAGAAACCUGUUACUUGGAUAUUUAAUAAACUUAAGAACUCUGUUCUUGGCACCAAAGAGGCAGCAGAAGAUGUCCCAUAUGUUCACAUUGCAGCUUGCAAGGACCUAGGGAGAAAACUGCUUGCUUCAGUAAUUCAUAAUCGACUUCUAGAACUGAGUGAGUUGGCAUCACUGUGUGGCCAAGAAGAUUUAAUGCAGCUGUACGUGGUUGUGCAUGAACUGUGCCGGCAGGGGAAGGCUGCCAUUAAAGAGGGCAACAGUUUGCUGGUCAAAUUGGGAGAUCCACAUAUUAGCGAGCUAGAUAUUGGAGUGUACACCUUGGAAUGUGAUGAACGGACACUCACAAGGCAUAUAGAAGAAUUGGAAACUGAGAAACGGGUAGCUGUGCAAGAGGCCAAGAUGUAUGUGGCAAAGAAUAUGCGACAGGCAGCACGGAGCUGCCUUAGGAAGAAGCAUGUUCUGGACAGCUGUAUUGAGAAGCGAACUUCUGCUCUCAACAACAUCCGCCUGUUACUGACCCACAUACAUGAAGCCAAGUCUGAUGCCAAGGUUCUAGAGGCAUACAAGCUCGGGGUGGCAGCACUCAAAUCAACUUUGAAGGGAUCAGGGCUGACAGAAGACAGUGUAGCUGAUACUAUGGUGCAGUUGGAGGAGGUGUUGGAUGUGCACCAUGAGAUUCAGACAGCACUGGCACAGCCCAUGGAAGCAGAGGAUGAUCUGGAGGAUGAAUUAGCUGAACUGCUUACACCUCAGAAUACACUGGAAAAACAGCUGAAGGAACUCAAUGUUCCUACAGACCUACUGGAACCCCUAGACACCGUGCCUGCCAGUCCUUCAUGCCUAAAGAUGCCAACCAUGGAACCAGCACUGUGAAUCACCAUAUCAUGUUUUUGUGUACAUAUAAUUAGUAUGAAGUUUUGUUACUGUUUUCACCCAGUAAAUGAUGCUCUAACAUGGAAGAGAACCUCUUUCCCAGUUUCCAGACUUAUUUCAAGUAUGGAGUAAGUAAUAUAUUUUUACAGUUGUUGCAGCUAAUUGAUUAAUUAUUUCUGUAAUUGUCAAUGAUAUUAUUUACUUAACUAAUUAUUUAAGAUAUGCAGAUUUUCACAGUUGGAGUUUAAGUACAUAUUUAUUAAUUAUUUGUAUAUUAAUAUUAUAUGUUAAGGUGAUAAAAUUAUAAUAAUGAGCUUGACUAAGACCACAUGACAUAUGGAAAGAAGAAGAAAUGAAUACAGAGUUUUAGUUGGAGAAUCUCAAUAAACAAGAAAACUUAUGAGAUGUAGUUACUAGGAUAAUGUUAAAAGUUAUCUUGGAGAAGUAGGUUUCAAAAAUUGUAAGUAUAUUGAACUGACUGUGGAUAGGAUCCAGUUACGGGUUUUAAUGAUGAUGGUGAUAAGUCUUUUCUUUUGCACAACACCAGCUGAAAAACUGUCAGCUUGAAGAUUUUUAUACAUCAGGAUAUGUCUGUCACUGAAUAAAGUUUAUACAGAUUCAUUCUUCAUAACAGCUAGUUAACCAUUUUUUGUUUUUUAUGUUUUUAUUAACCAACUGACUUAACUGUUUAAUUGGCUGCUUAAUCAAUUGAUCAGUUUUAAAUGUAUAUCUGCAGAUAGGCACGGUUUUUGCAUUGAUUUAACAUUAAACACUGAUCUGCAUAAAGGUGCUCAAAUAUGAUGAUUUUUAAUUAGCUUUUGUUCGAAUGCUACAUAUGCAGUUUUACAGUGUGCUCAGUCAUUUUGGAAGUUUAUUUCUUGGCUUUAUUUUUAUAGAAAAACAUCGUUACUUCUCCUAUAAGAAGUGUCUACUGUGAUUUAAUGUGUAUAUCCUGAAAACAGACCAGAUAUGAAAGUAUGAAUUAAUAGUUCAGUAACAGUUUUGGAAAGUGGUAGUGGAGAUAGUGCUAGCACCCAUAACAGAGGAUAGUCUGCUGGCCAUGGCUUGCCAACAUGAAAGCAAAUAGAAAAAUUAAGUAAUGGAUAGGAUUGGACAUAGCUGAAAGAUACACAACAUCAUGGAGACCCAAUAGGUUGUAGUAGAACAACAGAAUUUGUCUAAUUUGAUAGAAAAAACUAAAACUGAAGGAAGCAAUGGGAGGUGUAAAUUUCUACCCUGUGGGAAAAAUGUAAAAUGUGCUUUGUAAAAUAAGGAAUAUGUAUCAUCAUGGAAGGUGCUGCCUAGAAAGAUGCUUCCCCUUGGAAUGUUCACUCUUCACAAUUUUCACGAGGGUAUGUUUCCGCAUAUCACCUGAGAGUUGCCCUGUGGGAUCCACAUGAGGCUUGCGUGGGGUGGGAUUGAAUGGGCACAGUCGCACUAAGUCUGUGUCUGACUCUGGUUCUGUCGCCACCAUCUGGUCUGUAGCCCAGGGCUUUGCCACAUUCA